GAUAUCAAAACAGUGUGUUUCGUAUAUCGGCAGGUGGAGCACGCCGCGCGGACCGCACGCGAAUAUUCACAUUUCACAAUACGUGUUUAUAACAUAACAUAUUUAAAUAGUGCCUUGGAUGUGCUAGUGAGUUGGUUCAGUGUUCUCGAAUAAUUUUGGUAGCAUUUUAUUUAAUUGUGCUAAUGUGAAGUUUGCACGGCAUUUUUUAAACGUUUACUACCGGAUUGACCAAACUGUACCGGCUGCCUAAAAUAAUAAUGUGGUGGUGCGGAGAGAGCGCGCAGGAUGCGGACCGCGCCGCGGCCCCCGCCCCGCCCCGCUCACCCGCCCCGUAGGAGACCCUGCCGAGUCCACAAGUGCCCUUCUAUAGCAUAACAUUUUCUACACCACUUUUACACCGACCCCAUAGCAUAAGCAGUUUUAGUUUAACGCGAGUGAGUGCCCAAGUGUCCAUGGUGCGGCGACAUGGGAAAGUCCUCCACGAGAACACAUGGCCAAGAGAAUGAACGGCGAAUCAAAGCGAACAACCGCGAGUAUAACGCCCAGUUCCGAUAUGCAAACAACUACAUCAAGACGUCCAAGUACAGCGUGGUGACGUUCCUGCCGCUGAACCUGCUCGAGCAGUUCCAGCGGCUCGCCAACUUCUACUUCCUGUGCCUGCUGGUGCUGCAGCUCAUCCCGGCCAUCUCCUCGCUGACGCCGAUCACCACCGCCAUCCCGCUGAUUGGAGUGCUCGCCUUGACGGCUGUGAAGGACGCGUACGACGAUUUCCAACGGCACCAGAACGACUCGCAAGUGAACCACCGGCGCGCCAAGACCCUCCGCAACGGAAAGCUGGUGGAAGAGAAGUGGGCGUCCGUGCAGGUCGGUGACGUCAUCCGCCUCGAGAACGACCAGUUCGUGGCCGCGGACAUACUGCUGCUGAGCACGUCGGAGCCGAAUGGACUGUGCUAUAUUGAGACCGCUGAGCUGGACGGAGAGACGAACCUGAAAUGCCGGCAAUGUCUGGUGGAGACGGCGCUGAUGGGGCAGGACGACGCGCAGCUCGGCGCCUUCGACGGGGAGAUCGUGUGCGAGACGCCCAACAACCUGCUCAACAAGUUCGAUGGCACCCUCAGCUGGCGCGAGCAGCACUACUCCCUGGACAACGACAAGGUCCUUCUCCGCGGCUGCGUCCUGCGCAACACGGCGUGGUGCUACGGCGUCGUGGUGUUCGCCGGCAAGGACACCAAGCUCAUGCAGAACAGCGGCAAGACCAAGUUCAAGCGGACCAGCAUCGACCGCCUCCUCAACUUCCUCAUUAUCGGGAUCGUGUUCUUCUUGCUGUCGAUGUGUGUGUUCUGUACGGUGGCGUGCGGCGUGUGGGAGUGGCUCGUCGGGAGGUACUUUCAGGUGUACCUCCCGUGGGACACCCUCGUGCCCGCGGAGCCGGCGUCGGGCGCCGUCGUCAUCGCCUUUCUCGUGUUCUUCUCGUACGCCAUCGUCAUGAACACCGUCGUGCCCAUCUCGCUAUAUGUCUCUGUCGAGGUUAUAAGAUUCGCGCAGAGUUUCCUCAUAAACUGGGAUGAGAAGAUGUACUAUGAGAAGACGGGGACCGCCGCUAAAGCGAGGACCACCACGCUCAAUGAGGAGCUCGGCCAAAUCCAGUACAUAUUCUCGGACAAAACGGGCACACUGACACAGAACAUAAUGACGUUCAACAAGUGUUCGAUCGCCGGCAUCUGCUACGGGGACGUGGUAGAUGAGAGCACGGGCGAAGCGCUUGACCUCAACGAGCGGUGUUCGACCCGCGCCGAGCGGCUGGGCCAGUCGCGGGCGCGCCUACUGGAUGCCGAGGCCGACGCCGGGCGCAGCACCCCCGGCCCGAGGGCCGCCAACCCCAACAGCACAGAGCCUUUGGACUUCUCGUUCAACCCGGAGUUCGAGGCCGAGUUCAAGUGGUACGACGGCGCGCUGCUGGCCGCGGUGAGGAGGGGCGAGCGCGCGCCGCACGAGUUCUUCAGACUGUUGGCGCUGUGUCAUACUGUGAUGCCGGAGCAGAAGAACGGGAGGUUGGAGUAUCAGGCUCAGUCCCCGGACGAGUCAGCGCUGGUGUCGGCGGCGCGCAACUUCGGCUUCGUGUUCCGCGAGCGCUCGCCCUCCACCAUCACCAUCACAGUUAUGGAUAAUAAAGAGGUGUAUGAUUUGUUGUGUAUAUUAGAUUUUAAUAAUGUUAGGAAAAGAAUGUCCGUGAUAUUAAGAAAGAAGGAUGAUGGUGAAAUUAGGUUAUAUACAAAAGGUGCUGAUAAUGUAAUAUACGACAGAUUAAAAGCAAGCGAAACAGAAGUGAAGGCGAAAACCCAGGAGCAUUUAAAUAAAUUCGCGGGCGAAGGUCUCCGCACGCUGGCGCUGGCGUGGCGGCCGCUGGACGAGCGAUACUUCAACGAGUGGAAGCGGCGGCACCAGGCGGCGGCGCUGGCUAUACACGACCGCGAUGAGCAACUAGACGCUAUCUAUGAGGAAAUAGAGACGGAUUUGCAACUCGUCGGCGUAACAGCAAUAGAAGACAAAUUACAAGAUGGUGUGCCAGAGACAAUAGCGAACCUUAGUAUGGCCGGCAUCAAGAUAUGGGUCUUAACUGGAGAUAAACAAGAGACGGCGAUAAACAUCGGCUACUCGUGCCAGCUGCUGACGGACGAGCUGGCGGAGGUGCUGGUGCUGGACGCGGCGGCGCACGACGACGUCGAGCGACAGCUGGACAAGUGCCGCGAGUCGCUGCGUGUCGCGCACACGUUUCUGCCGCACGGCAAACCGGACACGAAGCCCGACGGCGACACGGCCAACGGCGGCGGCGGCAUCGGCAAGUCGCCCGGCCGCGCCAACGUCAAGCUCAACGCGCCCGCCGUCUCCGUCGUCACAUUUAGGUGGGAACUAAACACACACGCACACAGUAACGAGUACAACAGCGGCCCUCACUCGGCCGAGGCGGCGGACGCGGCGGACGACGCCAACGGGUUCGCCAUCGUCGUCAAUGGACACUCGCUUGUACACUGCCUGCAUCCUAAGUUGGAGGAGAAGUUCCUGGACGUAGUUCUUCAGUGCCGCUCGGUGAUCUGCUGCCGCGUCACGCCGCUGCAGAAGGCCAUGGUGGUGGAGCUCAUCAAGAAGGCGCGCAAGGCCGUCACGCUAGCUAUAGGGGACGGCGCCAACGACGUGUCUAUGAUUAAAGCGGCGCACAUCGGCGUGGGCAUCUCCGGCCAAGAGGGCAUGCAGGCGGUCCUGGCCUCGGACUACUCCAUAGCUCAGUUCCGCUUCCUGCAGCGCCUGUUGCUGGUGCACGGCCGCUGGUCCUACUUCCGCAUGUGCAAGUUCCUCAGAUACUUCUUCUACAAGAACUUUGCGUUUACCGUGUGCCACUUUUGGUUCGCGUUCUUUUGCGGGUUCAGUGCGCAGACGGUAUUCGACGAGAUGUUCAUCUCAGUCUACAACUUGUUCUACACGUCACUUCCCGUCCUGGCGCUGGGCGUGUUCGAACAGGACGUGUCGGACGUGACGUCACUGCAGUUCCCCAAGCUGUACGCGCCCGGACACACCAGCCAGCUGUUUAAUAAAACUGAGUUUAUUAAGUCCACGCUGCACGGGUGCUUCACGUCGCUCGUGCUGUUUCUUAUACCUUAUGGUACUUACAAGGACGGGCUGGCGGCGGACGGCAAGGUGCUCUCCGACCACAUGCUGCUCGGCAGCGUCGUCGCCACUAUUCUAAUUAUAGAUAAUACUACACAAAUAGCGUUAGACACAACCUACUGGACGGUGUUCAACCACGUGACGAUCUGGGGCUCGCUGGUGUCGUACUUCGUGCUGGACUACUUCUACAACUACGUGAUCGGUGGCCCGUACGUGGGCUCUCUGUCUGUGGCGCUGACACAACCCACCUUCUGGUUCACCGCUAUACUUACUAUGAUAAUCCUCAUGGUGCCGGUCGUGUCCUGGCGACUGGCCUGCUCGCAGUCGCGGCCCACACUGGCGGAGCGGCUGCGGGCGCGGCAGCGGUGGCGCGCGGGCCGCGGCGGCGCCCCCGCCCCCCGCACCCCCUCCGCCCGCCGGGCUAGAAGGAGUGUUAGAAGUGGAUACGCGUUUGCUCACCAGGAGGGCUUCGGCCGGCUGAUCACGUCGGGCAAGAUCAUGAAGCGCAUCCCUCACGCAGACGCCGCCCUGUCCGCCCUAGCGGGCAAGUUCCAGCCGCGCCCGCCCUCGCCCGCCCCCGGCACGCCGCCCUCCCCGCCCUCCCCGCCCUCGCCGCGCGCCCCCCGCCAGGACCUCGACUCCGUCGACUUAUGAGGGGACUCAGGAGACAAGUGACGCUUGCAGCUUGGUGCAAGCGCUACGGACUGUGAGCGUGCUUAUUGGCUAAUGUUCCUCUUCUGACAGCUGUUGAUUGGCCAAUCAGAGGUGGUUCAAAGCGAUAGCGGGACAUUGAGGCUAGUGGGCGUCUCGUGAGAGUGAUAGUGUGGGAGCUCCUCGCCUAGUAUUUAGUUCGAUCUCAGCGGCGCGGCCGUUAGCAACACGUAGUUAAACUUCAUCUCCACUAUCAUUAGGUAUUCUUUUCUAAGGAAAAAAAGACGAAUGUACAAUAUAAGAUCGAGGUAAAAAGUUUGUAAAUACUUAAAGAACUUACAAACGAACCAUAAUUUUUUAAAUAGACGGCAUAAUGUCGUCGAAACUCAUAUUGUGAUAAUGUUAAUAGAUUUUAAAUUCGUAUUAUAUUACCUAUAUUAAAUUAUAUUUGUUGAUCGAGAGUAUAUAUUGAUAGAUAUUUAUUAUGGGUACAUACUAAGAUUACUCUUUUAUAUCGGAAAAGUGUGGUUGUAUCGUAAUGUUCGUUUAUUUGUGUAGACGAAUUAGUUCCCCUCUCCCCUCUGUAGACAAUUCCAUUCCUCCUUCAGUUAACAUUUCCAGUCUCAUGUAAAACCGGCGUUGUGGUGAUACCACUGGGUCGGUCGUCCCCAUUCUAAUAGUUUUUAUUAAAAACAUUGUAAUGUUUUGUGUUUUUUUUACUUUUUCAAAGAACCCAAUUAUAUGGGGAUAAACCACUGUGCCACGCCAACAUUCGUCAACAUUCGUGCUAGGGCACGUUUCAUUCCAUGGUAAAGUUUUAGUCCUAUUCCACCACGCUGGCCCAGUGUUGGUUGGUGGACCUCAACAUAAGCUAGCUUGUGCUAAGAGCAUUGUCGGGUAAGUGCAAACCGACUGUCAGAUGUUUUCAAGCUGCCCGAAGACUAUGCCUAGGCUUCACGACUGCUGGCGAAACAGCAACUGGGACCCACGGCUUAACGUGCCGUCCGUAGCGCCCAAAAAACAAUCACUUGAAAUCGGUCACUCAUCCUAUUUUUGACCGUGCCAUGUGUUGCUUAACUUCAUGCCCACAUUGCCGAGCGAUAAUAUAACAAGGCUCCUAGCUGUGACAGUACGAUUAUGUGCUUCACAUUCAUUUUGUAUGCCAUGCGUCUUGCACAUUAUGUAGCAACAUAACACGCAGGUGUACGGUUACUGAGACUGUUCCCAAUAUUUUGUUAAUUGUUGAACCUGUAUUGUUUGUUCCCACACCAACUUGCCUAAAUGAUUAGCGCUUUUCCUAUUGUCUACGUGUCCGACCCUACUCGUAGUUAACGUGCAUUUAAAACUAUUCUGUGAAUUUUCGCAAGCAGUAAAAAUGUUGCAUAUUAAUAUUGAAUGCAAUAUUGUUGUUCUUGUCUUACAAACAGUGCGUUCACAAGUUAAUUACGCCUUAAUGAGAUUGCCUUGUCCCAAAAAUAUCUAAUAUACAUAAAAGUAUAGUAAAUUAUCUGUGGUCAUUUGGUGGCAGCAGCAGUAUUAAAGGGACUGACGAUAUCAUGUCACAUUUAUUAUGAACGCACUGUGCCUUAGGUCACAAUACGGUUAUCUGUUUCAUUCUUUUUAACUUAGGAAGGAAUGACAAACUAUUAUUUAAUUUGUAAGUAUUUCACUCAUGCGGCCUUAUUUAUUGUUUAUUUAUUUCAAAUGUUAAAGAAUGUAUUAGUGCCAAAAUCAACUAAUGCUAAAUCCUUGCAAUGCAUUCUGUGUGUAUUUUUAUUAGUUGUUUAAAAUGUUGUUUUCUGUUGAGUACUUACCGGUCGCCGCCGCCAAUAUGAGGGUUUCCUUUCCGUCGCAGUCAAAUUUAAUCUAUUUUUUUAUUUAAAUCAAUGGAAGAUUACCGUAAUCUAUUCUUUUAUACUUAUUAUAUCUUAAGUUUAUUUACUUAUAUAAAAAAAAGUGUUUCACUAUCAAGAUCAAAACUAUGUCUGCUUUAAAAUGUACAAUCUACCUAUAGCUAUGUAAAUAAGUAUACAAAUAAUAGCGCUGUCCUAUGGAAUCAUCAUUUACAGCAGAGGCUAGCUAAAUUAAUAAUUAGAUCAUUCAAUAUUUCAACAUUGCGAUUUAAAUAUGGUUAAAAUCCUUGCUAAAACGUAAAUAAUAAUUUAAUAGCUUUUAGGCACUAUCUAUUUAUAUCGCAAUGUUCUGGAAUUCAAAUGAAAAUAUCUCUGCUUGUAAGUAAUUGAUCAGAUAUGUAAAUAAAUAAGCGAGUCGUGAUCGCGGAGACGACUGUAGCAUUUCCACUGCGUGCGAGAGUGAACAACAGUUUGCUUUCAAAAACAUUUUUUUAAAUAAAUAAUGUACUUCAUGAA